GUCCCACUUCCUUACUGGAAAAAAAACGCCACAUCGCUGGGAGGGAGACGUAUACCACCACGGGGGAGCGUAACCACCUAACCUCAAGAUGCUGGCACUAAUAAAUCGGGUUUUGGACUGGUUUAAGUCCCUGUUUUGGAAGGAAGAAAUGGAGUUGACGUUGGUCGGCUUGCAAUACUCUGGGAAAACAACAUUUGUUAACGUGAUCGCUUCGGGGCAUUUCAGUGAAGAUAUGAUCCCAACAGUCGGCUUCAACAUGAGGAAAGUCACUAAAGGAAACGUCACCAUCAAGAUCUGGGAUAUAGGAGGACAGCCAAGGUUCAGGAGCAUGUGGGAGCGGUACUGUCGGGGAGUUAAUGCAAUCGUGUACAUGGUUGAUGCUGCAGAUCGAGAAAAGGUGGAGGCAUCCAGGAAUGAGCUUCAUAAUUUAUUAGACAAGCCUCAGCUGCAAGGAAUUCCUGUUUUGGUACUCGGUAACAAAAGGGAUCUUCCAGAUGCGUUAGAUGAAAAGCAGCUUAUUGAGAAAAUGAAUUUAGCAGCUAUUCAAGACAGAGAGAUCUGCUGCUACUCUGUUUCCUGCAAAGAGAAAGACAACAUUGAUAUCACACUUCAGUGGCUCAUCCAACACUCAAAAUCUCGCAGGAGCUGAAUGCAGAUGUUUCCCAGCUGUCUUUGCCAUGUUCCUGUCAUGUCAAACCUUCACCACUCUGCAUUGAUGAUGUACAGUUGUAUUUCCAUUUCACUUGCAGCUCGGUUCUGCUUGUUUCACAAACCCAGAUAAUGCACUACUUAAACUUUCCAAAUGUAAGGCGUUAAGUUGGCAUUGUUGGUCUUGUAAAGCUGUACUUUUACUUGAAUACAAGAAACCGUUAUUUUUUGUUGCCAAAUUUUACCUUUCAGGAACGUUAUAAAAUAGUCAUGCCCACAUGGGUUUGUAACAACAUAAACUUUGCGAGAUGGGCCUCACUUUGAUAAAAUUUUGGGUGUGAUGUAGACAACUUUCCUGUUUCUGUUCAGCUCUUUUCUGUGAUUGUUUUUGAUGGCUGCCACUCUUUGCGUAACUUUUGUUUUACAAAAAUGUGCAUUUAAGCAGGUCUGUACAAAUAUUAAGCUAGUAUAAUUUUUACCAAUGUUUGGAUGUGUGUGUGUGUGUGUGUGUGUGUGUAUGAAUAUAUGAUUCUAUUUAAUGUCUGAAUGUACAAAAGGUAAAGCUGUACAGGCUUGUGUGGUUCCUAUUGGCCUCUGUAUCAUGGCUUUGGUGAAAUAAUGUGGUCUGUGCUGCAUCCGGACUGAGAGGACGGUAGAAUUCAAAGUGCCUUGUGUAGCGUCUCUCACCUCUGAAGGAAAGCAGCAUGCAAGGUGCAUCUACCUGGGUAGAGUUCAAAAAUAUGUAUUAAAGAAUAAAAAGGCAUGCUUUUAAAUUUA